AUGGCGUACCCCAGGCACAUGGACAGCUCACUUUUUAUCAGGCAAGGCUCACCACUGCGUCAUGGGAAUCAGCCCCAUUCCUGGCACGGAAGAGCUAUAGGAUCGCAACGGGCGUUGUCUCAUCCGGCCAUACGUCUUCAUCAAGGACGUACAGACCGGUCUUCCUCAGAGCCACUGCCGUCAACGAGACCGGAGCCGACCUUCAGCUUUCAAUUAGCCCUACCUCAGUUUUACGUACCUUACAGAUGGUGGGAGGAUGGCGCUUCCAUGAUACUUUGGGCAUUUGACCACCAGGAUAUAAAAAGACUCCUCCGAUUUCGUCUGUAUGAAAAUGACGAGCUUCCUCGCCACGUACUACAGAACCGCAAUGCAGAUGUUGUCUCAGGCUUCCUUGCGUCCUUACUUCUAACCGAACAAGGGCUAUUUUCUUUGGAGCUAUCUCACCACGACAAGGUGGAAGAAAUUCUGGGACUUUGUCAGCUCAGGAGCGUUCCUGUGGAACCUUGGAGAUGGCAUCCAAACUAUUCAUAUAACGCAGAACCACAGACUAUUGCAUCUUAUAUUGAUGUUGAAAGUUCACGGCAAUUCCAAGCAGUGCCUUUCGAGGACUGGAUCCGGUAUGCCCUAGGAUAUCCUACCGAGUCGAUUCAAUGGUUCUUUUCCCAACACAAACAACUGCAUGACAUAGUCUCUGCUCAUUUGGACCUAUUCCCUGGAGAGUUUGAUACCUAUGUUGAAGUUGAAAGGCACCUCCGAGGCGGUUCCCCCUUUGCACAAUAUGUCCUGUUACAAUGCCUCAGUGUUAGAGGUCUAUUGGAUAGCGAAGUACCCGAUCAAUCAAACCAAUGGGUUGUGGGCUUUAUCAUCCGCCCUAUCCAGGAACUGUUCAAAGCUCAUCUGACCGGUUUGCCCUCGAUGCUAAAAAAACUUUCUGUUCUCGCUCUUAGCUUUGAACGCAAAUACCGUACUUCGGUGGAAAUAGAUUGGAGUGCCCCGUUUGAAGCAAAUCCAGCAUACUUGAAUGAUUUUUUUGCCUUUCGCGAGGUUGAACCUCUAGCGAGAAAGCUUACGCAUAUCGAUACGAGAGAAUUUUCCUCGCUCUCAGUGCAAAGCUUUGUGGAAGACACUGCUACACUACGGUUACUAUCUGGUAGAUGGCACUUGCUCUGUUCAUCUACUGAAGAAUGCUGCCUGGCACUUCCUGAAAUGGCAACAUUCUUUAAAAGUUGCAUCUGCGUCCUUCAUCGGUUAAGGAAUUAUUACUCGGCUACAGCUAUACUAUACGGCCUUCAGAAAGCCAAUAUAAACGACUUUGACCUAUUUCUGGAACAGGACGAUAGCCCUCAACAAUAUGCCAUUAACAUCUCCAGCCAUUGCUUUAAGCUAAUGGACUCAGCUAGCAACUACGCUUUUUACAGGGAAACUAUGAAAGUACGGCCUGGAAUCCCAUUCUUGCUCCCGCAUAUUGUGGAAUACCAAUCACAUGGGGAGAAUGCCAUUGUUGCGAUGUUCCCUCUUUGCAUUCAUUGA